AUGGACAUUAUCCGGACUUCCGCCGCCACAGCAGCGGCAGCCCGUCUUUCUCCUAAAAAUGCUGGCGGUUUCGUCUUUGCCCGCGGUCUUUACAAGAGGACUCCAAACACCCCGACCGGCGGUCAGUACAAGACCAACGUUAACCGCACCAAGACCAAGAAAUGGGUCGAAGCCAAGGUCCAGAGCUACGACGGCGACGACUGGGGAGCCGACGAGUACGACGAUGAGCCGCCCGAAGAUGAAGUACCGCCUCCUCCUCCACCACCACCAAAACCACUCGGACCCCGACUGCCAGGCUCAAAUCCCUCGAGCCAACCUCCUACACCGCAGUCCGCCGUCCAUUCCAUCCAUUCCGGCAAGCCCUACUCGGCUUCGGCUUCACCCGCUCCAUCACCUGGCCUGAAAGGUCCUUCAGGCCCGCCGGCGCUACAGAUACAGACGCAGGCUCAGUCUCAGUCGCCUACCGUGGCACCCGAGAACCCGAGACCUGAUCAUGCAGGCCCCUCGAACGCUCCUGCUCCUAUCACUGCGCCGUCGGGUGCCUCCGCUGAGCAGGUUGCCUCACCACAAUCUGCUGGCGUGCCACAGAGCGGGGCCACUGCAUCCAGCGUCUACUCGCAGCCCAGCGCCCGCAAUGUAAGCUCGCCCGUGACGGACCGGCGCAUGUCGCCCGCACCACAAUCUGCUUCAGGCCCAGUGCCUACCCGAUUCCCACCGAGGAAGUCGAGCAUGGGCCAGCAAGCCGCCCCCGACCUGUCCGAGAUCGUUCGCCCCGGCUCGGGCCCAGACCUGGUGCAGGGCAAGCCCUGGAGGGAAGGACGGCCUGCUUCGCCCCUGGGGCCCAGGUCGCCAGAUGGGCAGCCGAACAAGCCCAGCUUUAUCCGGCCUGCCGACAUCUAUAAGAGGAUGGGAGAGGAGAAGGAGAAGGAGCGGCUAUCUAUGGAUUCGAACCGUCCUAGCCUGGACAGCCUUGGGGCGCGAGGGAGCGAGCGAUCUAGCUCGCCACUAAAAACCGACUCGGACCAAAGGCCAGCAAGUUUUGGUAGAGAUGAGGACGGCGCGGACAGGACUCGGAGCGCGAACCAGGUCUUGACGCCUGUCGCAGAGAGGAAGAGUGAGCACGGCUUUGAUGGCAUGGUGAGUGGCGCACAGCAACCAAAUGUCAGCGAAGGGCCGAAGCCAGUCAUUGGUGCCGACGAGGAUGGCGACUUGCGACGAUUCUCGACGAGCCCAAAGCUCCCCGAUCUGGCCCGCAUGUCACUCUUUGGAGAGGAUCUCUUCUCCAAUCCCUCGGGCUUCCUUGCCGAUGCACCGCCGAUGCCCACCAUACCGGAUCGUGACUCCGAGUCGCCAGAGCAAGAAACGCCGAGUAUAAGCAAGAAACCCGUCGUUCUACCUACCCAGGCUGCAUCCGAUACCUCAUCGGAAGCUAGUGCUAAGGAAGGAGGGCUGAAGCUAGCCCAGACGACCUCCUCAGAUAGAAAGUCUCUUGACGCUGCCAAGGCAGUCGAGAGUAAGGAUGUAGUAGACACCACCACAACAAGCGCAGCAGAUGUUCUGGCUCCCCCCAGACCAUCACUGCCAGGCAAGUGGGUCACCGAGACUGGUGCCACACCCGGCGAAACGCCCGGCGAGCCGUCCAAGGACCUGUCUGGCAUCGGCGCUCCAUCUGCUGCUCGGGAUGCCGACACAGCCAACCCACCUGGUGCACGCCAAGUGCAGGCUGGUGAUAUUGGCACAGACGAGAGCAGUGACGAUGACGACGGUUUGACAUCGACCAGGUCUCCAGACGCCCUUCCUCCCAUUAACACCAGCUCGCGGCCUGCGCCGGCGGUGGAGGACAAGGCCAUUAUGCCACCGCCGGUGCUUGCAGAAUCAACGAAACCACAGGCACAAGACGCCACGCCAACCACGGCUACGUCUGAGGUGCCUCCCACGGCACCCCUGAACACCCGCCGAAGCGAGAUCUUCCCCUCAGACUACGUGCCGCCGCAGAGCCUAGAGCGGAUCUCGACGAUGAGCACGACGACAAACUCGCCGGUGAAGGAGAGCGACAAAUUGCGAGAGGAGAUUAUCAGGACCCUGAGCCCAGUCAAGGCGUCUGAUGAUUUUGCCGAGGCAAGUGCUGCCCGAGACGCAGGUCUGGCCGGACGCAACACUACGCGCGAGAGUACGUACCUCAACGAUGUCUACGGCGAUUAUUGGUCAGCCGAGGACAGGCCAGAAGACGAGGCCCUGGAAGGGACCGCUCUUGAGACGGUGGACGAAGCUGAAUCGGAGAAGAGCUCGGAGCCGGCAACCGCAUUACGGGAAGCAGCUCCCGCGGUUCCACCUCCCACGGAAACCAAGCCAGAGGUUGCGGCCAUCCCAGUGCUCAGUCCUCCGGUGCUCAGCCCCCCUGCCUUGAACCCACAAAGCCCGCAAAGGGAUCAAGUGCCACAGCCUGAACCGCAAAAGCUCACACUCGGCCGCCAGAGGUUCUCUUGGGAGAUGGAUACUGAGGAGACUGCUGCCCCGCAGCAACCUGCACCUCCAGCGCAACAAGAUCCUGCAGAGCAUGAGCCCAAGAGCCUAGGUAUUGGACCGAGUUCGAUGACACCCCCAGCAGGCAGCCCUACGGAGCAGGGAGCAUCUCAAAUACAGGCCGCUCGGGAUCCCGAAGAUCUAUCGCCCAAGAUAUCUCUUCUAAGCUCAGCAGCACCAGGACCCGGCGUCGGCCCGGACCAACUGUCGCCUGUCUCUGCCAUGACAGAACAGAAAUCGCCGCCACUGUCUACUGAGCCUCACCGGCUCUCCCUCGCAGACGAGAAGUCCCAGAUUCAGCACGGCUCCUCCCUCGUAUCACCCGCUCCUCCCCCUUAUGAGCACCCGGCCCUCUCCAAGGGAUCCUCGACGCCACAGAGCGCCGCGUCGCCGGUGACGGCCGCACCGCCGACGGACCUGGACAGGAUCGUCACCUUCCGGCAGAUCAUGUCGUACCCGACGCCGGCGGAGCGGAUCGCGACGUACGAGGAGACGCGGCGGCAGUUCGCCGAGGCCAACUCGGGGCUGGCGGACUGGCUCGGGGGCAUGCGGAGCCAGCCGGAGCACGCGGGGGCGUCGGCGUCGAUGCGCGAGGCCGUGGUGGCGGCGCUGGUGUCGCCGACGGCGGCGGGGGGCGCGGGCGCGGAGUCCCUGCCGUACUUCCAGCAGUACCUCAACGCGAGCUCGCCCACGACGGCGGCGGCGGGCCCGUCCGGCCCCCGGCCGGCGACGGCGGGGGGGCACCUGCACCACGGCCACGGCAAUGCUGCGUCGCAGUUUGGCCCGUCGAGCGAGUUCCGGCACUCGAGCGGGCAGGCGGCGGCCAAGAGCAAGGAGUUCUUGCAGACGGCGGGGAAGAUGAGCAAGGGGCUUUUUAACAAGGGGAAGAAUAAGCUGAGGGCUUUGUAG